CCUUUUCACUUCUACCCACACGAAUAAAAUGACUGUAAUGUGUCAGCAGCGUGGACUGGUUUGAGUCUAAAAGGGAAGAAGAAAAAAAAAGUUAUUUCGGAGUCACCUGCCAGCAUCUAAAGGAGAGAAUUGUACUGUCUGUCUCCCUGCCUCUUCCCUCUCUUCUCCCUCAUCUCCUGCUCUCUGUGCUUCUCCCUCCCUCACUGCAUUUUUCCCAGGCUGAGGCGUCCAUGGACCCUCUGGCUCCGCUGCUUUCGUCAGUGACUUGGAGCGCACUGAGAACUUUGUGAACUCCCCGUGUUUGGAGCGGGAAGGGAGAGGAAGGGGAGCAGUUGAUGGGACGCAGCCCGGCAGCAGCAGCAGGCUCCUCUGGAGACGGCAUCAGGACUCUCAGCUGGAGAUAAUCCACCCCACCCCACCCCUACCCCAACCCCACCCCACCCCACCUCGGGUCAUGGCAAGACAGCGCCUCAGCCUCCUAACCCCCCUGGCUCUGCUGGGACUCCUCGUGGGGCUCGCAGACCUCGGCCACGGCUCCGCCGGCGAGGAUGAGGAUUACUACAUGCAGGAGCUGCUGACAAGAGAACAGUACAACAAGGUCCAAGUGCUGGAGAAGCCUGUGGCCUCAAUACCUGACAGGCAUGAGCACCCCAACCAAAACCCUGCCAAGAAAGUGCCCAAGGGAAAGGCAGACAGCAGCAGGCAGAUGGAUAAAGCUACAGCUGAUGCCAAAUCAGCGAAAACACCCAACAAAAAGGCAGAGAAGAACAAGAAGAGUGCUCUGAAGACUCCAAACAGCAUCUCAGAGGGAGGACAGUACAGCUCAAUGAAAGAAGAAUGCCCUCCCAUGGGACUGGAGACUUUGAAGAUUGACGAUUUCCAGCUUCACGCUUCAACUACGAAACGCUACGGCCUCGGUGCACACAGAGGUCGUCUUAAUAUUCAGGCAGGCCUUUACGAAGAUGACCUCUAUGACGGGGCCUGGUGCGCCGGGAGAGAUGACCCACUGCAGUGGUUUGAGGUGGAUGCCAGGAGGCUGACAAAGUUCACAGGGGUCAUCACACAAGGCAGGAGCUCCCUCUGGUCAAGUGACUGGGUGACCUCGUACAAGGUCAUGGUGAGCAAUGACAGUCACACAUGGGUAACUCUGAAGAACGGCACAGAGGACUUGAUCUUCAGGGCCAACAGGGAAAAGGAGAUCCCAGUCCGGAACAUCUUCCCUGCGCCGGUGGUUGCCCGAUACAUCAGAGUCAACCCUCGCUCCUGGUUUAACAGCGGCAGCAUCUGCAUGAGAGUGGAGAUCCUUGGCUGUCCUAUGCCAGAUCCAAAUAAUUAUUACCACAGACGCAAUGAAGUCAUAACAACAGACGACUUGGACUUCAGACAUCACGGCUACAAAGAGAUGAGGCAGCUCAUGAAAGUGGUAAAUGAGAUGUGCCCCAACAUCACCAGGAUCUAUAACAUAGGAAAGAGCCACAGUGGCCUCAAGCUGUAUGCCAUAGAGAUUUCUGACAACCCAGGAGAGCAUGAAGUUGGUGAACCGGAGUUUCGUUACACCGCAGGUUCCCAUGGUAACGAGGUGCUGGGACGAGAGCUGCUCCUCCUGCUGAUGCAGUUCAUGUGUCUGGAGUAUCUGUCUGGCAACCAGCGGAUACGUCACCUGGUGGAAGAGACCAGGAUCCAUCUAUUGCCAUCUGUCAACCCCGAUGGGUACGAGAAAGCCUUUGAAGUGGGUUCAGAGCUCAGUGGCUGGUCUCUAGGUCGAUGGAGCAAUGAUGGAAUAGACAUUCACCAUAACUUCCCCGACCUCAACUCCAUACUGUGGGAAGCUGAGGCCAAGAAGUGGAUCCCUCGCAAAAUGUUCAACCACCACGUGCCCAUCCCAGAGUGGUACCAGUCAAAAAAUGCCUCAGUUGCUGUGGAGACGCGGGCUCUCAUAGCAUGGAUGGAGAAGAUGCCCUUCGCGCUGGGUGGUAACCUCCAGGGAGGGGAGCUGGUGGUGACCUUCCCCUACGACAAAACUCGCUCCCAGGGGGUGACCAGGGAGCAGACCCCCACCCCGGAUGACCACGUCUUCCGCUGGCUGGCCUUCUCCUACGCAUCCACCCACCGCCUGAUGACUGAUGCCAACCGACGGGUCUGCCACACAGAGGACUUCGCCAAGGAGGACGGCACCAUCAACGGAGCGUCCUGGCACACUGCGGCUGGCAGUAUGAAUGAUUUCAGCUAUUUGCACACCAACUGCUUCGAGUUGUCGAUGUACGUGGGUUGUGACAAAUUCCCUCACGAGAGCGAACUGCCUGAGGAGUGGGAGAACAAUCGCGAGUCUCUUCUCGUCUUCAUGGAGCAGGUGCAUCGAGGGAUCAAAGGUGUAGUGAGGGACCUGCAAGGUCGCGGGAUACCUAACGCCAUCAUCUCUGUGGAGGGCAUCAGCCAUGAUAUUCGCACAGCUGCUGACGGCGACUACUGGCGCUUGCUGAACCCCGGAGAGUACAGAAUAACAGCCAGGGCCGAGGGCUACAGCCUCUCCAGCAAGAAGUGCGAGGUGGGCUACGAGAUGGGCGCCACCAGGUGCGACUUCACCAUUGGCCGCACCAAUCUGUCACGAAUCAAAGAGAUAAUGGAAAAAUUCAACAAGCAGCCCAUCAGAUUGCCCAUCAGGCAGCCCCAAGCUCGCAGGUCCAGAGAACGACGUCUGGGAACAUAAUGACUGUAUGAGGAAAACCGGAGGGAGAAUUAAAAACAAACAUCUGCUCUGAUCAGACUGGGGUGAACUCCAGGCCUGGGUUUGGACCUCUGUCAGAUUCCUCCACAGUGCUGUCAGUGAAAUUAGUGUUAAGAGGUUGAAAAUGUGGAUUAAUUUAAACUGGAUGCUUUAUUUGUUUUUUUGUUUAUUUUGGUUUCGUCCCCAGGCAUAAGCUGUCUCUGUGGUCGCUGUUGUCAUCUCAACUUUUCUUGAUAUCCACUGUAAACAUAAAAGUAUCUCAUUCUGUCAAGGGCUAUGUUUGUUCAACCCCCUUUUUUCAGUCUGUAAGAAACAUUAACACACCUACCAUCAUUCCUUGUGACAUCAGCUAUAAAUACUGGCAUGACAGAUAAUGGAACAUAAUCAAUUUAGAACUUAUUUUUUUAAAUAAAAGAAAAUUGAAAUACAAACUACAGAUGCAAUACUAUAUGUCUUAGUUUCUGAUUUUAGCCACUCAGAGGAAUGGCAAUGAUUGUCUUUAUGUAUAUACUUAUUAACUUAUGUAACACAGUUAUCUAAACCAUUACAAAAACUUUAUUACCUGCACUUGUACAAUUUUUGUCCGUUAAAGAACUUGUGGACACAGUGACCUUCUGCAUGUCACUGAUUAGUAUUUUUAUGAACUUUGCUUCUGGAAAGUUAUUAAAUAAAGACUAAGUUUGCACAAAUUGAAUUUCUUUAGCUGCUCAUGUGGUAGUGUGUGGAUUUUACUUGUGGUGAGCAUCCUGGAAAUCUAUCAGUCAAACUCUAUUUUUACUGCACUUUUCCUACAAAUUGCUGCGGUUCAAAGUGGCUGCAUAUGGAUGUGUGACAAUACGGAUUUACUUUAAUUACCAAAUAAUUUCCAAGAUGUUUCCUGGAGAAAACUGCAGAAUGUAAUAUGGUACUAAUUAUAAAGAAAACAGUGUUCAGUUGGUACACAUUCACAUUCAGAAUUAAUUCCAAUUAAUGGGGCAACCUAGAAAGUCUUUUGAACACAGGCUGCCAGCUAAAUACGCAAAAAUGUGAAAUGCAUAAAAGCUGGAAAUGUUCAUUUAAAAGCAAGCAUGUAUGACAAUAUUCUUCAUCUUAUUCAAGUAUCAUUAGGAAAUUAACAACCCAUAAACUAAAGUAUUAUCAUGGAAUGCAUAACAUAUUUUAUUUGCACAUUACUUUCAUGAGAGGUGGAUAUGAUGAAAACACAACAUAUGUAUACAGGACAUAUAUAAAUUAUAUGUGUAAAUAAAUUCAGUUUUAAGUCACGCAUCUCUUUCAAGGCUAAACACGGCUUUGGGUGCAAGACACCAUGAAUAAGUCAUCAUUCCUUCACAGUGCUAACACAUAUUGACAGAUGAACACCUGCCCUCAAAUCAAAGGGCAGCAACAAGGGAACUGAUUUUUUUUUUUUUUUUUUUUUAAGUGUUUGCUGUCACAAAGUUUUUGGUUAUUUGCUAUAGUGAUUGCUAUCAAAAUUAUCUCUGAUUUUACAUUCCUCCCUGCUCAACUGAACAUCCCUAAUGGAAAAAAUAAACUCUAUUACAUUCCCAUA